AUGGCUCGCGCGAUUCGUAGACCAAAACCUUGCACCAACUGCCAGGUCCAGAACACGGAAUGCAAUUACCGGUGGGGUGGUAAUCGUUGUCGACAGUGUGCCAACCAAAACUUGAAUGACUGCGAUUCCAAAGCAAAGAACCCUUCUACCAAUACUCGAGUGAAGACAGGCACGCCUGCCAGCACAGACCAAACUCGCCCCAAACAGCCACUCUCUCGACCAAGCCCCGCCCUCCAGCCUCCAACCGACAAAUGGCACUCGAUCAUAAAGGGCGAAUAUUUCCUUGCAAUCGGUGCAGACUUUGGGACCAAGAACUGCUCGGCUUGCUGGCAAAUCUACCCGAAGGACCAGAAGCUGACGGGUGCUUUCCAUCUGGAACCUCGACAUGUGCUUUACUCUGGCAAGUUCAAUAUUCCAGCCCAAGCCGCGAUCGUUAUUCUUGAGAACGGUCCGCGAUUGAUCUUCUCCGACGAUGAUAUGGAGGACCACUACGGCAGCGGCUUCCAAUCCGAAGACAUCUUUAUCCAUCUCAAGCUCAUGCAGGUCUCUGCCAAGAUGCAGUCUAAUAUGGAGCAGCGGCGCCUGAUAGAGGAAGUCAAGGACAGAAACCUAUCUAUCUUCAAUCGCUACAAGGCUGCAGGACAGCUACCUCCCAACGUUGAGAAAGUUUCGGACAUCCUCCGCGAGUAUCUGAGAUGGUUCUGGGGUCUCAUCAACAAGAGCAUCACAGCGGGAGCACCCUCCAGUGCAGAAAUUGACCUUAUCUUGCGUGAACACACCAAGGUUAUUGUUGCUGUGCCAGCCAUAUGGACUUCUGCAAUGAAUCACCGCUUUCGUCAAUUACUGCUUGAUGCUGGAUUCCCCUCUGCUCAUAUCCGUUCAGAGCCGAAGCUCAUUACCGCCGCACUUGCUCAGAAGAAGCAGCGCGAGCAUGGGCCCUUUAACUCUGAGGCGGACGCCGAGCAAUAUAUGGCGGACCUCGGGAGACGUGCUCAGAUAGUUGUGGACAUUGGGGGGGGCACAACGGACCUCAACAGCAUCCAGAUCCUUCAGUUAUGGCCUCAGUUGAAAUUCAAAACGCUUGUCGUCGGGACUGGCAGCAUGAGCGGUAGCGAGUUGCUGAACCACUUGUUCAAGCAGGCUCUCAAGGACAUCCUUGGUGAAAACUUGUAUAUGAUCGCAAACCACGUAGGCAUGACUGGCACCGAAAUCCUUGCCUCUUUCGUCCACGGUUUUGAGCGGGCCAAGCGCACGUUCGGCACAGACAAGACUGGGCCUGUGAAGGUUCAUCUCGUGGGUCGCAUCAAAACGAAUUUACCUCGGCUGGCGAGACUGCCCAAUCUGGGACCGGACUAUAUCCGGGUUUCGCCCAUCGAGAUGAGAGCUGUCUUUGACGAGUACGUCGCUGAGAUCAUGCGCCUCAUCGGAAUCCAGCUUGACAAGCUUGACAAAGCUGGUAUUCCAGGUGUCAACUACAGGACUGUCAUGCUCGUGGGUGGUGGGAGCAUGAUUCCCUACAUCAACGAGAAACUAAGAGCCGAGUGUGAAAACAAGAUGCUGCAGGUAACCUAUGACGAGGAUAAUGUCUCUUCGCUCGUUGCAAGGGGAGGCAUACUCGCUGCCAUUGACCCCGACUUGGGCCGCCGCGAGUUCGCCAGGACCACCUACGGCACGACCUUCAGUGUCCCUUUUGACUCGGACAACCCUAUCCAUUGGGCCGACCGACAACUUCGCCGCCGCGCGGUUGGGUACGUUGAAUGGGACUACGAGCUCCACGAGCGCUUUUUCGGACUCGUGAAGUACGGCGCCAACCUGGUUGAUCCAAAGGAACCUCCUAUGCUCAAUGACUACGUUGACAUUGCGAAGGGAGAUAUUAUUGAAUGGCCACUGGAGAUAGAGCAGCCGAUCUACCAGGUGGACGACCAUGAGUGGGGUCUGAAGGAUGACUGGAGUAUCUUGGCACUUCCUGGUAAAGCACUCAAAGUUGCAACACUGGUCAUCAAGAUCAAGAAGCAGGACUGCAAACUUUCGCAUCAUCCGCCUGGACACCCUGAAGUGUACCGCGUGCACUUCCGUGCCAAGCCCGUCUGGGACGGCCUCUGUGAGAAGUGGCUCUUCUUUGUGCACCUUACGGGCAAGCGGAUCGCGACGAUCGAAGAUGAGCAAGAUCCGGAGACGCUGAAGGCGACGUUUGUCCUGGAUGAGGCGCUGGCGAUGCAGUAUUUGGAAUGA